CCAUCUAUCAAGAUUGAUAUCAUUAGCGAUACAGGGAUCACACAAAUCUUCAUGGUCGAAGAACUACAGGUAGCCAGGAAUGAUAAUCAAAACGGAUCUAUCAGGUCUUGAGAGAAAAGAAGGACAAGUGAAUGUGAAAAAGUGAAGAUCAACUACACAAAAGAACUAGAUGAUUUUCCUUGAGAGGAAGAUGAUUUUGCUUGAUGAUGGAAUCAACAUUUAUCUAAGAUUGAGAAAAAAAGAAUGUUGAGAAACCAUACAACAAUUUAAUUGAGACUCCAAAAACUUGUAAACAGCUAAAAUGAAUGUGAGAAAUAGAGAAAGUAAACAGUUCUAAAGGCUCAAUAAGUUGAAAACAUCAAACAAGAUCUCAAUGUCAAAGAGCGAAACUUAUAAGAUUUGUUGUAAACUGAAUUGACAAAAAAUGUAGAACGAUUGUGUAUCUGGUGAAUGAAGGUUAUCUUGAAGUAUAGAGCCAAGUAACAUUGCUUCCAGCUGAAUUGUUGCGACCACCUUGCUAUGAAACCGUGCAGAUCAAUCAUUCAAGGUAACCGAGGAGACUUUAAUGAGCGCAUUUACUUCCGGCUUUUCCGCAUUUCGCCAACAACUUAUGAUAAGCUUCAUUCUCGUAGACAUUGCGUGGGGCUGCCUGAACAGCGGCCAAAGAGAUGGCGAACACAAAGAUGAUGGUAAAGAUUUGCAUUUAGCGGAAGUAAUCAAUGUAGGCUUAGGUGUUAGAUUGGGUGAUGACGAUAAAGCAGGAGAUCGAUAUCGGAGAUGAACUUUAAUGAGACUGUGAUU